AUGGUUCAGUCUCCCCCGCCACGAGGCCGCGGGCGACCGCGCACCCGGGCAGCUUCGACCAACGAGCGCUCAUCUACGAAGGAGGCCUCGCCCAAGCCCCCCUCGGCAAGGAGUGAACGCGCCAACGCUCGCGCGGCUGCGCGGGGUCGGGAGAGCAGUGCCGUCAGCAGCAACAGCAACGACAAGAAGCGGAAGUGGGAGGCCCGACCCUCGCGAGAUCGACGGACCGUGACUCGCUACUCUCCCGAACCUGAGAAGAGGCGCGUGGAGAAGGCCUCGCCUCCGCUGGCCCUCAAGCACGAGCGACCACGGCGAGGCUCUUCGCAAGGGUCCUCGGUGCCGACGCGCUACAAUCUUCGCAAUCGGAGGUCGUUGUCCAAGGAUGACGAGGAGGAUGACGAAGAGGAGCCAGAAGAGGAGGAGGAAGACGAUGAUGUCGAAGAUAGGCCGUACAAGAAGAUCCGCUAUAGCGCCACGGGCGUGGAGAAAGCCAAGAAGGAGAUCUAUCAGCUCCCAACCGGCCGCCCGGGCCUCAGACCGCGACGAGUGAGCCCUGCCGAGGCUCGAAGAGAUAACCCCUACCGCAAGAAUCUGGUCAAGGCGUCGAGUCUUCGCAGCAAGUACGUUGACAGCGACGACGACGGAGAAGAGGAAGAAGAGGAGGAGGAAGGAGACGGCAUUUCGGGCGAAGAGGAGGAGGAGGAGGAGGAGGAGGAGCGGCCCAGCACGCGACCAAGGCGUGGUCGACCUCCCCGGCGAGCGUCGGGCGGAAGGCAGCUGCGAAGCGACACAGCCAAGGAAAAGGUCCAGAAAGAAGAACAAGAAGAAGGGGAGCAGGAGGAGGAGGGAGAGGAGGAGGAAGCCCGCAAGGAUGGAAAAGAAGGAGAAGAAGGAGAAGAAGAUGGCGAUGAGCCAUCGAAGGAGAACAGCGCCGACGGAGCGGCUGCCGAGGACAACGCAGUCGACAAAAGCGAAAGCCAUGAUACUGGUGGCGACAAGAGAGCGAACAACUCAUCAGUGAGCGAAAGGAGCAGCCGCAGGGGGAGGAGGAGCGCGCAAGUGGUCGACGACGAGGAGGAAGAUUAUGAGUUGGAGGAGGAGGAAGAAGAUGAAGAAGACGACGAUGACGAUGGCGAUCACUACCCGAGCUCGAGGCGGAGGAGUUCGCGCCUGCGACCCAAGAGCGGCAGUGGACGACGAGGAGCGACGCGCGGGGUCAAUUUGCGGCGACGAAGCCGACGUCAGCGCAAGGCCACCGACCGUCUCACCAUCUCGCACCCGGACGACAAGGACAAGGAUGACGAGCCGCGGGCCAGGUCUGCGCACCACUCACUCGCUCGCUCAGCGCCAUAA